CAUAUAGCAAUGGCGGAUAUUAGACAGUUAAGGCAAAACCGAAAGUGUAAAAAUUAUAUUGGUGCUUUUGUGGCAACGUACAAAACUGGGGAGUCAUUAGAAAAUUUCACAGAGCAAGGAUUGUUGUCUUUACAUAAUCAUAUUAAGCAGACACUGGGUAAUAUGCCAGUAUGCGCACAUCAGUGUAGCCGAAAUUACAGAGAUAUAAAUAGGUGGUGUGUCACAUGCACUGGAUGGCGAAUUGAACUGGAGAAUGCUAUGCCUCGAGGUAUCCGGCGAAUUUGGAACGAUAAAAAGUCGUGGAACUGGCCAAAUAGCUCUCGAGAUAUUGCUGAAGUUUUUAUCUUACCAGGUUGGAAUACGAACAACAUUAACUUGAAAGAUUUAUCGACGAUAUAUAAUGUGUGGAAUAGAUGCUUACAGUUUCCAAGGCAUGUCGUACAAGUGUUGGACAAUCUAAAGGAUUCUCGCAACGAUCUUGUUCAUAACACAGUCAGUAUGAAAAUUACCAGUGCCAAGAAGAAAGUCAUAUUUCAGAAUAUCACAAAUGUUGUCAAUCAUCCUGAUAUUCAACCAUCAUUACCGAACAAUGCAAAUUUGUUACAAACACUACGAGAUUUAAAAAAAGGCAAACUAUUUCAGGACGAUAUUAGGUAUACCUUUAACCAGAUUGGGAAGCAAAAUGCUGAUAUAAAAGCUAAAUUAGACAGACUCGCGUUGACACUUGAUGACACAAACAGAACAUUUCAUCUGCAGCUUGAGAAACUACAAAAGCGUUUCACAAGACAAGCUUUCGUCAUUCCCAUGGUUAUGGUGUUUGCAAUUGCUAUCAUGUUUGGUUUAAGCCCGUGUUUGAUUGAUCCUCUGUGUACAAUGAUUCAAACCAAAUCCUCACAACAAACUGGACAAUUUCCAGGGCCCCGUAGAAAUUUGCAUAUACUUACGUCAAGAGAAGGUUGCCUUUCUGAGACGUCAAAUACAAUGCCGUAUAGUCAGAUUUCUCUAUUUGAGUACCUAGCUCACCACAAUAACUUCGUCGGAAGAAAUUGGUUGAUUGAUCAUAUUAGAAAGGAACUAUUUAACAUGAAUGCAAACAACAGAGGAAUACUUCUUGAAGCCGGAAUGGGAUACGGAAAAUCUGCAUUGAUAAAACAUAUAAUAUGUUCUUCUUCUGGAGGCCCAGCCGGAAAACUAAGGAGUCAGCUUGUCUCGUAUUAUGUUUGCAGAUUUGACGUCUUAAUUUCAAAACUUUCAUAUGUUUUUGUUCUAAGAUUAAUUAAUAUGAUAUCUUCUCAAAUGCCAUUUAUUGCUGACGGGAUCAAGUCAUGUUCAAAUGUUUUUAACAGAGACAUGUGUGAAAGAGACCCAAACGGAUGCUUAGACCAGUGUUUAAUAAUACCGCUGAAAAACAUUCCGUAUUCUGGCAGUGAACCAGUGAUUAUUGCCAUUGACGGUUUAGACGAAUGCUUUGACACCUACCGAGACAUGAAUGAAAUACUACUAAUACUGAAGCAAAGACUUUACCGAUUUCCAGCUUGGGUGAAAUUUUUAGUUUCAUCUAGACCAGAUUCAAGGAUAAGACACUUGACCACAGACCUGCUCUUUUUGGAACUCAGUGAUGAAUCCGAAGACAAUAUGAAUGAUAUUAACGCAUAUCUCAAACAACUAAGUAUAAGAAAGUCCACCAAGACUAAUGACAAAUUGAUUGAUUACAAUAUUUCUAAUUUCCUUGUAUUAUCUCUUUUACAUGAAAAUAAAGAAAUAGAAGCAGUCGGAACAUCGUUGUCAACUUCACUUGAUCGCUAUUAUGACGAACAAUUCACUAGGCUGUUUAAAAAUAAAGUAAGCAUGCGCUUUGAAGAUGCAAAGAUCAUCCUUGAGGUUAUGUUUUCGACAUUUCAAACACCAACGAAAGAAAUUAUAUGGAGUGUAGUAUCAAAUGUAACAGACAUGACUUUAAAACAGUUUGAUAAAAGUGUCCAAAUGCUGGAUAGCUUCUUUCGUAAAAUUGGUAACGAACUUCGUCUUAUACACAUUUCACUGCAGCAAUGGCUUAUGAGUGCUGAAAACGUUGACUUUUACGUAGACAUAGAAAACGGUCAUGAAGUAAACGCCAAAUACAUUUUCAGGCUAAUAGAAAAUGGCUUUUACCAAUGUGACAUUGUUGAUUUAGCGAUUCACGUAGGCAUUUCCUCAUCACGUGUCCUUUAUCAACGAUUUUUGAACCUGUCUGAAAAAGUGGUAGCACAACUUGAACAUGAUGCAGCCGAAUAUCCGCUUUUAAGGCUGGCCAGAAGGGCAGAUAGUUACAUAACAACAGAUAUAUUGACAUUACAUUUCAAAGCCGUUGACCAUCGAAAUAAAGACAAUCAGACAGCUUUAUUUAUUACCGCAUCCUUAGGUCAUUUGAAAACAUUUGAUGCUCUGAUAAAGAAAGGUUCGAAUAUACGUUAUCGGACAGACUCGUUUCAGGAUAUCAUAAACUUUGAAAAUGCAUCAAAAGUUUCAAUUGAACAUUAUCUUUGGGACUAUGGGGUUUUAGACAUCGCUGCGCAAAAUGGACAUACAAAUAUCAUUGAAUAUGUUUUGAAAAAUAACAAAGUUUUGUUUGAUUAUCCCAUGGAAAAAGUAAAUUCAAUGAUGUUGUUACCAAUUCACUUAGCGUGUAAAAAGGGCCACUUGAAAGUUGUUCAGCAAUUACAUUCUCGAUACAAGUGGAUGCUCGACUGGCAGUGCUUAUAUUACGCUUCUGAAAUCGGAAAAGUUAGUUUAGUGAAGUAUAUCCUGGAAAGGAAUAUAAAAGAUGAAUGCCGCCAGUGUGAACCAUACAUACACUGGAUCCCAAAAGGACAAUUGCGGGUACAAGGUCAAUUGCUCUAUCUAGAUUCUCAUAACUACACAUAUGUUCUUUAUGAUGACUGGGGAAAUAUCACAUGCGAGUCUGCGUUACAUAUCGCUGUAAGAGAAAACAAACUUGGUAUUGUUAAACUGUUAGUGGGACAAUCAGAACACGCCGCAGAGUGUUUUGAUAGGGGUGGUAGAACACCAAUUAUUUCGGCUUUACAAAAUGGUUUUAAAGAUAUUGUGGAAUAUUUCAUAAGUACCGGACUUUUGAGAGGAAUUGAAAAAUGUGCGGCCGUUAUUAAUUUAAAUGAUCGUUUGAAACUACACAAAAGCGAAUGGAAAAGGUUGGAAAGUUACUUCUGUGAAACAAAUAUGUCCGUUGCACAUAUCAUUGCUAAAUAUGAUCCUCUGUGGGUAUUUGACAUGAUGACAGAGUAUGGAGUUAAACUAGACUGGAACAGCAAAGACAAUAUGGGUUGCUACCCAAUACAUAAAGCUGCAUGUCAUAGUAGCAUGACUGUACUCAGAUUCCUUCUUAAACAAUUCGAUACACAAUCUGAGUAUUAUAAAUGGUAUAAAUGUAUAAAUGGUUCCACGCCGUUACAUUCCGCAAUAGCAUGUGGGUCUGUGUCUGCCACUGAAAUACUGCUCUUAAAAUAUAUAGGAUAUAACAGAGAAUCAAAAACCAUAAAAAUAUCAUAUAUUAAUCAUUCCCUAUUGACGGAUUAUGGUUCGGAGUUGGCAAAUGACAUCGCAGAUAUAGAAAAAAAUAUUUCGAUAAUAAUAUCUAUGCUUAUAACAGAGGUUCCGAUUUAAAUGUAACAGAUGCUAUGAACAGAAAUAUUUUACAUUAUGCUAUUCAAAAAGGCCAUUUUUAUGUUUUGCUACACUUGUUUUCUCGUUUCCCGGAAAAGUCAAAACUUCUACUGAAGGCAAAAGAUUUAAACGAUUUAAACCCUUUAUAUUAUGCCAUACAUCAACUGAAGUCCUUUUCCAAAUUCGUCGUAUCGCCAAAUCUUUUUGGUAGCAAUGAUCUUCUAAAUGAAUCCUUAGAUCAGAUGACUUCAAAAGAGUAUGUUUUACUUUUGACUUUGAAUUUCAUGAAACAAUCAAAUAUCCUCCGGAUAGAUCAAGUACUGCUAAAACAUUUUGUAAGAAGACAGUGUUUACAUAUCAUCACUUUUUUAUUGGAAAUAUCUGAUCGUUUGCUUUUUGAAGAUACUUCAACACUACCGAUUAUUAUAGAAUCUGAUCGUCAUGGGCUACAAAUGUUCGCAUAUUAUGCAAUAGCAGCCAGAAAGUUAACUUCUCAUCUGCUCCUCAAUUCCAAACUAGAUGUUCUUCGAAGACAAUUUAUCUGCAAGACCUGCGAUGAAAUUAUCAACAAAUGUCAUGCACAUACAAUUGCACAUAACUACUUAAAGAUUUCUAACAUAAUUUCAUUGUUACGACUAAACAUUUUUCAUGACAGGGCUU